CUUCCGGUUUCCGCUUAAAUAUGUCCCCCUCUUUAAACAGUCAUCACGGGUUGGUUAUGAAAAAGCAGAAAAGUUCUGCUUGAUUUAAAUCAAGUUUUCUGCGCCACUACAGAAAGCCUGGGUCUUUGUUAUAUUUACAAGCAGAAUGUCUUAUCCUUCACCCCAUGACCGCAGCCGUAAAGAUGACGAGGAUGAUCCCAUUGAGCAGAUGAUAUCCCGCACUGGCUGCGCUGAGCUGCAUUACGCUGUGCAGGAAUGCAUGGCUGAACAUCAGGACUGGAGAGCCUGCCAGAAGCAGGUUCAGAGUUUCAAAGACUGCAUGACAAGUUUUCAAAAUGCACAAAAAGAACGACGGAUAGCCCAAAAACAGACGUCUAGCAACUCUUCAACAAGUUAAACUGACAAAUCUUUGUGGUGUUUACUCAAUUUCAAGACAUGUUUGUUAUUAUUAUUCUUAUUAUCAAUAAAAAUAAACUCUGAUAAAUAAUAUGGCUGGAUCUAAUCAAUAUGUAAUCUUGAUUCUUACCAGUAUAAUAACUGCUGUAAUUCUCUCGAAGCAUAGGCAGACAAGUGGGUUUCUUAUAUAAGUUUAUCAACAGCUUUAAGUCCAUCUUAAACGUACAAACCUUUAAAAAAUACCUUUUUUGCUACAUACUACGAAGGACGAAUGCUUUAGGUCUCAAAAGUGUGUUUAUUUAAAACCAGCUUGUCCCCAAAUGCUUUUCGAUGCCAAGAUCAAACACUUUCUGGAUUUAAGAGUCCAGUUUUCGAAAAGCAUUCCUUCAAAAUAAA